CAAGUUUUUGUUUCGUAGCUCGCUAGCAAGUUUAAGAGAUACCUAAUUAGACUUUGAUUUUGACUCUGGAGUGUAUUUCUGAUUGUGAUGUUGAUUGUAUGCGUAGUGAUUACAGCUGUCUUCUUACAGAAGCCUUCUUUUUUUAGACUUAUCAUGGAAUCAAAUUUAGACCCAACUGAUCAAAUUAGUUCCAAUGAAAUGUCGCAAACAACUGCAAAUGAUAGAAAUGAAAAUUAUGCUCAAACUAAUAAUCAGCAGUCGUCCUCGGCAUCAUGGCCGCAGUCAACAGCCAAUGUUUCAAAUAGCUUUAAUUGCCCCCAUAUUGCUGACUCAACUUACAGCAAUCGCCGCGAGCAAUCUCGGCAAAAUUCUUCCGUUGGCCUAACAGCUUCUAGUUUUAUGCAAACCGAUGAGACCCAUAGACUCAACCAACAGGGAUCUGCUUUCGGUCAAUCCGGACAGACGUCUGGUUUCGGCCAAUCAGGACAGACGUCUGCUUUCGGCCAAUCAGAACAGAGGUCUGCUUUCGGCCAAUCAGGACAGACGUCUGCUUUCGGCCAAUCAGAGCAGAGGUCUGCUUUCGGUCAAACAGGACAGACGUCUGCGUUCGGCCAAUCAGGACAGACGUCUGGUUUUGGCCAACCAAGACAUACUUCUGGCUUUGGAAGUUUUUCAGCCUCAACUUUUAGCCCAAACUCUGUUGGUGGUUUCACAAGUGUAACAACAGGUGUUGAAAGUUCUAACACCAAUUCAAAUAGAAAUAGACGCCACAACGGUCGAAGACAUACCACGAGUAAUUUUUCUAGUGCGAAUAAUCAACGCCUGUUUUUUGGCCCCGUGGAAGACGACGAAGAGGAUGAGGAUGGAACUUUGAUCCUCAUGAAUGGAAACCGACCGGAUGCUCCGCCGAACUCGCGUCUGUUUGUGAUAUGUGCUAAAACUGUGCAAAAACAACAGUUGAAAAACUUCUUCGUGUCUUAUGGCGAUGUGAAGCAGGUGUACUUGAUUAAAGACAAGCAGUCCAAUCAAAACAAAGGCUGUGCUUUUGUCACGUUUGCAAGCUCAUAUGCAGCACUAAGAGCUCUUGAAGCUGUGAGUGAUUUCAAGCCAAAGUUGGGCAAUAAAAAUUUAAAAGCGAGGCUCGCGCAGGAUCUAGAUAAGGCGGGCGACAGCAUUCAAAGCGAAGGACAGUCAAAAAGCAAAAGCAGUCCCAACAUUACAGAGGAAAGCGAGGAACGAAAAUACUUAGAGAAGUUAUCCAAAAUUAGAGUGUCAAUUCACUCAAGUGACAGUGAAGAAUCAUUGUCAGCCUACUUUUCAGCAUUUGGAAAGAUUGAAUUUGUGAAUAUUUUGAGAAACAAAGACAGCAUAAGAUCAAAAGGAGUAGCAGUUAUUAAAUUCGAACGAGCGUCGUUUGCAGCAAAUGCAAUCGAAAACAACAAGCAGAUAAGAUUCCACCCAGUCAUAGCUUCGACAUCCAACUUAUGCGAUUCAGCAGCGCCCUCAACUGCAACUCGGGUUCCAACGAGUGGAGAAGAGUGUACGAAUGGCGAAGUUUCUACUGUGGCUGAUGUGAGCUUGAAUCGCGAGGAGAGAAUGAUGGCGGCUGCAAUCUGGGGUCUACCGCAACGAGACAUGAUAGUGCGCUAUGACCGCAGUCUGACAGACGUGCAAUUGUUCAAACUACUGGACAUUGUACCAGGAUUAGAGGAUAUCAAACUGGAGUCGGCGCCAGGUACAUUGUCACAGGUGCAAGAGCAGUCGGAAACCAAGUGCUGCUACCCCAGAUUUAAGACUCCACUCAACGCCCUGUAUGCUAGGGAAAAGCUAAACGGCUUCGAGUAUCCUCUCGGAAAGUUCAUUAAUGUCUCGUUCAAAUCGACUGUUAUGAAUAACGACGGGGUGAUGGCACUAGCGAAUGAAAGAGUCUCGAACAGCAGCGAUAACUGCUGGCCCAGCGAGUGUAUUCAAAACGAGCCAAAUGUGCAAAGUGCAAAUAACUUGAGCAAUUUUGGGGAUAUUUUGAUUAGAAAAGAGGGAGCGGACUGCUCUGUUGCAGCAUAUCAACAUGGAAACUAUUUCGAAGAGCAGUCUGAAAAAAGUUACGGAGGGGAAGGAGACGGAGCCGGAGGAUGGGGGAGCCAGAAUGGAGACUACGACUGCAUUGAACCUAGUUUAGAUGAAGACGAGUAUUACCACCCCGGAGAAGGAGACGAUGAAGAGGAUCAUUUCACGUUUGGGGAUAAUACUACCAACUCAAUUCAGUCGGCCAAUUCAUCUCCAAGUGGGGGUGUGGUCCUAGUUUCAAACGAAGAGCUGUUGCGAAACAGUGCGUCUAAUGGAAGAAACAUGAACUGGUAUCCUUUGCAACAGGCAACAAAUGCCACUGCCAAGCAAUAGUUUUGCUAAACUCUAAAUUAAAGAGACAAGUCGUUAAAAUUUGUAAAUUUCUGAAUUUUUUGUUUACUAAGUAUUUUUUUUUUCGUUUCUUACAAAUGGAGCGAAUAAUAUUUAAUUUAACUAGGCCAGAAUAUGUGCUUUAUAGCU